UCUGUUGAGCUUCCCGUCCUCCCUUCCUUUUGUUCUGAGAGUUUCAAUCAAGCAAGUCCUAACCGGAGUAGAGGAUGGGAUAAGUAAAAUACCUACCAUGCAUUUUUUGAUUUUUAAGAAAUUGCCUCCUUAUAUUUAUAGCAGAGGAACUAAGUUUGCACCUUCUCCCACCAUAGCAAUGAUAUUUGGUCCCUGACUGUGAGUCAGGGCAAGGAAAGGUUCUCUCACUUCUUAAACUUUUUUCCAGAUUCAGAGGGGUCACUUUCCCUCUGGUAAUGCUGUCUCUUGGUCAUUAUCCAAGGGCAGGAGAAAUCUUGUUUCUUCUUUUAGGUUCACCUGUAUUUGUCAAAAUGGCUCAACUCCUGAAUAGCAUACUCAAUGUGGUAGAGGUGUUCCACAAAUACGCCAAAGAGAAUGGGGACCAUGCCUUAUUAUGCAAGGAGGAGUUGAAGCAACUGCUCUUCGCUGAGUUUGGAGACAUCCUUCGGAGGCCAAAUGACCCAGAGACUGUGGAAACCAUCUUGGACCUCUUAGAUCGAGACCGGGAUGGACAUGUUGAUUUUCAUGAGUACCUCUUGUUGGUGUUCCAGUUAGUCCAAGCCUGCCAUCGUAAGCUAGACAAUAAGUCACGUGGAGGUAGGACCUCCCAGCAAGAAAGGGGGCAGGAGGGAGCACGAGACCAUAAGUUCCCAGGUAACACAGGUAGACAACACAGACAGAGGCACGAGGAAGAAAGGCAGAACUCCCACCACAGUCAGUCUGAGAGACAAGAUAGGGACUCUCACUAUGGUCAGCCUGAGAGACACGACAAGGAUUGCAGCCUUGAUCACUCAGAAAGACAAAGUCAAGAUUCCAGCUCCGGUGAAAGCGUGAGUCACACAUCUAGCAGUGGCCAGGCUAAAUGGCAGGGGCAUAUCUUUGCCUUAAAUCAGUGUGAAAAACCAGUUCAGGAUUCUCAUUAUGGUCAAUCUGAAAGGUUUGCACAACAAUCUGAAACACUUGGACAAGACUCUCGCUUUAACCAGACAAAUCAACAGAAAUCAAGCUCUUAUUAUAGACAGUCUGGGAGGCUGGAUCAGGAAUCAGGCUGUAGUCAGACAGAUAGGCAAGGCCAGAGUUCCCACUACGGUCAGACAGACAGACAAGGCCAGAGUUCCCACUAUGGGCAGACAGACAGACAAGGCCAGAUUUAUCAUUAUGGUCAGGCAGACAGACAGGACCAGAAUUCCCACUAUGGUUAUUCAGACAUACAAGGCCAGAGUUCCCAUUCUGGUCAGAUGGACAGACAAGGCCAGAGUUCCCACUACAGUCAGAUGGACAGACAAGGCCAGAGUUCCAACGGUGGUCAGACAGAUAGACAAGACCAGAGUUAUCAUUAUGGUCAGCCAGACAGACAAGGCCAAAGUUCCCACUACGGCCAGACAGACAGACAAGGCCAGAGUUCCCACUACAGCCAGACGGACAGACAAGGCCAGAGUUCACACUACGGACAGACGGACAGACAAGGCCAGAGUUCCCACUAUGGACAGACGGACAGACAAGGCCAGAGUUCCCACUACGGACAGACGGACAGACAAGGCCAGAGUUAUCAUUAUGGUCAGGCACACAGACAAGGCCAGAGUUCCCAGUAUGGUCAGUCACAGAUUGGGGAAAUACAAGAGCAAAAUAAGUACUUCCAAGGGACUGAUGGAACAAGACAAACCUCUUAUGUUGAGCAAUCAGGAAGAUCAGGGAGGCUAAGUCAACAGACUCUAGGACAGGAAGUGUACCAAAAGCAGGUACAAGGAUUCCAGUCUAGGGACCCACAGCAGAUUGGCCACCAGGUAUGGGAGCCUGAAGAGGGCAGUCCACACCACCAAUACAAACUCUUAGCACACAUCCAACAAGAAAGACCACUUUGUCACAGAGGGAGAGACCGGCAAUCAUGCAGUAGUGAGCAGGGCCACAGACAGGCCCAGACCAGGCAGAGUCAUGGUGAGGGGCAGAGCCACUGGGCAGAGAAAGAGCAGGUUCCUCAAAACUGGGAUAUACACAACCAUGAGGGUCAGGAAGGUCCAUGUAGAACACAGGACAGGCGAACCCAUGAAGAGCAGAACCGUCAGAGACAAGACAGGCAAACCCACGAAGAUGAGCAGCACCAUCAGAGACGAGACAGGCAAACCCACGAAGAUGAGCAGAACCAUCAGAGACGAGACAGGCAAACCCACGAAGAUGAGCAGAACCAUCAGAGACGAGACAGGCAAACCAAGGAAGAUGAGCAGAACCAUCAGAGACGAGACAGGCAAACCCAUGAAGAUGAGCAGCACCAUCAGAGACGAGACAAACAAACCCACGAAGAUGAGCAGAACCGUCAGAGACGAGACAGGCAAACCCACGAAGAUGAGCAGAACCGUCAGAGACGAGACAGGCAAACCCACGAAGAUGAGCAGAACCAUCAGAAACGAGACAGGCAAACCAAGGAAGAGGAUCAAAACCAUCAGCAACAACAGAAUAGACAAAACUAUGAGAAGAAAGAGAGCUAUCAAGGAUCUCAGAAUCGAAAAUCUCAAGUGACCCAGAGAAGCUGUCCUAACAGAGAAAAAUUCUACAUGAAUGAAGAUGACCAGAGCCAGGGCUUACAGGGAAGACACUCUGAGCCGUCCUUCUAUCCAACCCAGAGCAGUGGGAAGCCCCAAAGCAGAGAACACUGUGGUCACCCUUCCAAGGCAGCUACUGCUCCCAACCCUCUCUAUGACUAUGUGCAAGAGCAGAAAUCCUAUCGGUACUAGUCUAUGUGAGCACCAGAGAUAAAGCAACACAAGCCAAAGAAGAAACCUAUAUGUUGAGUUCAUCUUUAAUUCUAUUUAAGAGGUUGAUAAUGUAUUUCUUCCCUCUCUUCUCUCCUGUAUCUACCUGCAAGGAUGUUUUUGAGGACUAGUACUCACUUGAGGGCUUUUCAGUUAUUUGGGCAGCAAUUCUAGGGUUUUCUGAUACAGCAAAAUCUAGGUGGUAAGUUGGGUGAGAUAACCAUAUCUUAAUGAUGAUCAUUUGGGUAUUUAAAUAAUGUCCUGGUUUGCCCUCUGUGUAGUUGAGACCUGAUUGAAUCACUGAAAGGCAGAACACUUCUCCCUAAAGUUCAGAAACAGAAAAGAUAUUCUGAAGAUUUACAUUACAACUGAGGAGAGGAAACCCAGGUUUUGGUGAGCUUUGGCUGCUAUAGAUAAAACAUAAGGAAUUUCAAGCUUCAUAGUCUAGACUAGAAUGAAACUCAGCGUGAGGCUGCUAGGAGAGCCAGAAACACAGAGUGCAUCGCUGAUCUUGACUACAUCUCCCAUUCCAGGCUGUCAUUCCAUACCAGAGGGACUGUCCAUUAGUGCCUACCACUAGAGCUGACUAGACUCAUUCCAACUCAAUGCCUUUAUAGUUUCUGAUUAUAUAAAAUAGAAAGAAUAUGUCAUAUGUUUGCAAAUUCCAGGGCACCAAAACUGUCAAUCCAUAGCUCCUAAGACCUGAAAACUCUUUCAAGGUAAUCUAUGUGCAGACUAUGGAAUUGUAUUUAAAUAUCCAAUAAACAAUUGAUGAGCAAUGAC